CAUCACAUAAUUACUUUUCGCAAACACUAGAGCCUGCAAUUUAGUGAGAGUGCAAGCGAGCCACAACAGCAGAAGCCAUGGCAUCCAAGCCCUCAGCAUCAGCUGCCCUCUUCCUUGCCCUCAACCUCCUCUUCUUCGCCUUGGCCAGUGCCUGUGGGACGUGCCCCAGCCCAACCCCCCCAAACCCCAGCCCAAGCCCUUCCAAGGGCAAUUGCCCCAUGAACACCCUGAAGCUAGGUGUGUGCGCCGACGUGCUGAAAGCCUUGGUGGUUAAAAUCGGCAAGCCACCCAAGAAGCCCUGCUGCACUCUGCUCGAAGGCCUCGUCGACCUCGAGGCUGCCGUGUGCCUCUGCACUGCACUUAAGGCCAAUAUCCUGGGGAUCAAGCUCAACAUCCCCAUCGACCUCAGCCUGCUCCUUAACUACUGUGGGAAGAAGGCACCCAAAGGCUUCCAGUGCCCUUAAAAAAAAAAAAAAAGAAAAGCGCCCGCGUCUUCAUCUCCUUCGCCCACCAUCCUUUGCUUUUUGCGUGGAUUAUAAUAUGAAAUCAUGUCGUUGUCUUCUUGCAUUGUGCUCCUUUGGUUUGGGUUGUUUAUUAGGGAGCAGUACAACUCGUGAACGCAACCAGUUGGUGCACUAUAAGUUUGAGGUACACUGUGUUUGGUACUGUGCUUGAUAUCUGGAGCAAUAUAAUAAUAAAAGUAUCUUUUGCUCUUUGUGAUGCAA